AUGUCGGACAUCGACAAUAAAAUCAAUGUCGAGAAGUCGGCCACCGAGCACAUCGACGCUGCUGAGAAGGCUACCGACAACGUCAACCUCAACAACAACGUCGAAGCCAAGAUCAAGAACCCGCUUGCCGGUAUCCCCAAGGAGACGCUUCUCUACCAAGUCGAAGAAUUUGCCAAAGAAUAUGACAUGACCGACAAGCUCGAUCUGCUGCAGCGUGGCGCGCUCGUGGCCCAGGACCCGGCCGAAUUCGAGUCCGUCGAGGGCAUGACUUCGGAGGAGCUCGAUGCUCUCCGAAACGAGGUCACGCACAAGUGGCGCCAACCGAAGGCCCUAUACUUCACCGUCAUCCUCUGCUCCAUCGGCGCAGCUGUUCAAGGCUGGGACCAGACCGGCUCCAACGGCGCCAACCUUUCAUUCCCGCAAGCCUUUGGCAUUUCUGAUGCCGAGUACCUGGAUGACGCUGAGACGAUUCCCAACCCCGACUACUCGACCAACCUCUGGCUGGUCGGUAUCAUCAAUGCCGCGCCAUACCUGGCGUCUGCCUUCUUGGGCUGCUGGAUGAGUGACCCGCUCAACAACUACGUUGGUCGUCGUGGCACCAUCUUCUUCUCGGCUGUCUUCUGUCUGUUCUCGGUCAUUGGCUCCGCCGUCUCCCAGACCUGGCCUCAACUAUUCGUCACUCGUCUGCUCCUCGGUAUUGGUAUGGGUUCCAAGGCCUCGACCGUCCCAAUCUACGCUGCUGAGAAUGUCCCCGCUGCUAUUCGUGGCGGCCUCGUUAUGUCCUGGCAGAUGUGGACGGCAUUCGGUAUCUUCCUCGGCUUCUGCGCGAACUUGGCUGUCUACAAUACUGGCGACAUUGCCUGGCGUCUGCAGCUGGGCAGUGCCUUCAUCCCCGCCGUCCCGCUCGUGAUUGGCAUCUACUUUUGUCCCGAGUCUCCUCGCUGGCUGAUGAAGAAGGGACGCUACGCCAAAGCGUAUAGAAGCCUGUGUCGCCUGCGUAACACGCCUCUCCAGGCUGCCCGCGACCUCUACUACGUGCACGCCCAGCUGUCCGUCGAGGCCGAGAUCAUUGGCAAGUCCAACUAUGUCACACGCUUCAUUGAGCUCUUCACCAUCCCGCGUGUUCGCCGCGCCACACUCGCCUCAUUUGUGGUCAUGUUGGCCCAGCAAAUGUGCGGUAUCAACAUCAUCGCGUUCUAUUCGUCUACCGUCUUUAAGGCAGCCGGUGCCAGCCGCCUAGAGGCACUCCUCGCCUCCUGGGGCUUUGGCCUUACGAACUUUAUCUUUGCUUUUCCGGCCUUGUGGACCAUUGAUACCUUUGGUCGGCGUAAUCUCCUGCUGUUCACCUUUCCGCAGAUGGCCUGGACGCUUCUCGCUGCUGGCCUGUGCUACCUGAUUCCGGAGAGCAGCCCAGCGCAUCUAGGCCUUGUGGCAAUGUUUAUCUUUAUCUUUGCGGCCUUUUAUUCACCUGGAGAAGGCCCAGUGCCGUUCACUUACUCUGCGGAAGUCUUCCCUCUAUCCCAUCGCGAGGUGGGCAUGUCUUGGGCCGUCGCAACCUGCCUCUUCUGGGCCGCCAUCCUCUCCAUCACCUUCCCGCGCAUGCUCGCCGUCAUGACCGUCACCGGCGCCUUCGGCUUCUACGCCGGCCUCAACGUCACCGCGCUCGUCAUGAUCUUCCUGUGGGUGCCCGAGACCAAGCAGCGCACCCUGGAAGAACUUGAUUACGUAUUUGCCGUGAGCACAAGGAAGCACAUGAGCUACCAGAUGACCAAGGCCCUGCCUUACUUCAUCAAGCGCUGGGUCAUGUUGCAGAAGGACGCCAAGCUCGAGCCUUUGUACAAGUUCGACGAGCACCUGGCCAGCGACCAGGCGAGGAGCAAGAGCGUGAGCAACUAG